CAAGGCGUCAAUUUAUUGAGGAGGCAGAGGGCUGGCCAUUGUUUCUGACGGGUUUUUUUUUAUUUUUAAACGUACAGGUUUAUUGUUAUAAGCUUAUUGUUGAGAGUAUUUAGUGAAACAGUUAUACCUGUGGCUUUAAUGGGUGAAACCUACUCAAAUGAGUGCAAGUGAAUGCUUCAGGGCAAUGUAGCAUUAUAAGUGAUGCCAUCUUUUCAUAUUGGCCACUUAUGGUAGAUAUAAAUCCAUUGCUAAAUGGCUGAUUAUUAUAAGACUUGGGUGCUGCAAUAAUCUCUAAGCAAAGACUUGCUGGAUAGUGUAAUAUUAGUGCUGUGUUAAAGGGGUGGCUGACUUUGAAGUAUGUUAUAUAGUGGCCUAUUAUUGGCAACAUUAAAACUGGUCUUCCUUUCAUAUUACUGUUUCUGAUGUACCUUCCUUCUCUUCUUCAUUCCAGAUUUCAUAUAGGGUUCACCGACCCCGGCAGCCAAAAAAACUGUUGCUCUGUAAAUGUAACCUGACAUGAAGAAAAAAAGUAGAACAUGGAUUCUGAAGUCUCCCCCAAAACAGAGAAUGGAGAGGAGCCGUCUUCAAACAGUUUGCAGGAUACCCAUGAGGAAGAAAGUCCUGAUUCAGACUUAGGUAUUGACUACCCAAGUGGCCGAGACUUCAUUUUAACAGAAGAAAACAACGCCCCACGAUAUUCCCUUCGCAGGCUCAAAUGCUGUAAAUCAGGCAAACCGAGGCAGUCCACCGGGAAGUCUACAAAGGUAUCUGCUCAAACUUCCCGACCUGAUCAUGCAGAUGAAGAAGUGUAUAAUCCAAAAGAACGUAUAAGGGACCAACAAAGGGAUGGCCACAACCAGAAGACAAAUACUGCACUGAAACAGAAAGGCCAGAAACGUAAUAAAGACGCUGCUGAAAUCUCAAAGCUCGCAAUUCAAUAUACUCCUUACAAAGUACAAAAAACCUACAUCUGUACUGAAUGUGGGAGAAGCUGCAUUUCUAGUUCUCAUUUGAUAAUACACCAGAGAUCCCAUACUGGAGAGAGACCAUUUUCAUGCACGGAUUGUGGGAAAAGUUUUGCUCGAAAAUCCUCCCUUGUAAUACACGAGAGAAUACAUUCUGGAGAGAGGCCAUACACUUGUACUCAUUGUGGAAAAAGCUUUACUAGCAGUGCCACACUCUCUACUCAUAUUAGAAUCCAUACAGGAGAGAGGCCAUACGUCUGUUGGGAGUGUGGUAAAAGCUUUACUAGUAACUCUUCUCUGUUUAUACAUAAUCGAACCCACACAGGAGAAAAACCAUAUAUAUGCAUCGAGUGUGGCAAAACAUUUUCUUGCACUUCCGCUCUCGUCAUACACAAACGAUCACACACAGGAGAGAAACCAUUCACUUGCGAUCAUUGUGGCAAGAGUUUUGCAGACAACUCUAGGCUGGUUAAGCAUAAGACGGUUCACACGGGGGACUGGGCAUUUGUGUGCACUGUAUGCGGAAAGGGUUUUACUUGUUACUCAAAUCUUAAUGUGCACCAGAGGUCCCACACCGGAGAGAAACCGUACGCCUGCAGUAAAUGCGACAAAAGGUUCGCACUUAACAGAGAUCUUGUAAGACACCAAACCACUCACACCGGUGAGCGGCCCUUUUCCUGUUCUGAAUGUGGCAAGAGUUUUACUCGUAAGGCCCAUCUAACCACACACCUGAAAAUUCACUCAAGGGUAAAGACAAAAAUGAGCACAGAAUGAAGAACGUGACAGAAGGAGGGAUGUGCAAGAUGUUGCAAAGUCACAUCAACCCCUGAUUUACUAUGCUAGUCCCUUAAUAAUAAAAUAUAGCUGAAAACACAAAAAAAACCAAUUUUUAACACUUCCUGUUUGUGGAGAGAGUAUCUGGAAUAACGGCAGUAUUUAUUGCAUGGGGUUUUUCGAACAUUUGAGAGGAAAAGUAUACAAACCCAUCCCAUAUUGUAGCACAAACUGAAAACUUAAAUAUUUCAGU